AUGGCAGAUCGAUUUCCGUCCCUCGACGACUUCGAUUCCGGAGCGCAAACCGAAAUUAAAAAUGAUUCUGCUGAGCCAUCGGCCGACGACUUUCUCGCUAGGGAAAAGGCUGUGUUGGGGGACGACGCCGAGCAGUUCGCCACCAGUGACGAUGCCGUAACUUUUGCAGAGUCAAGCGGUGACCUCCUGGCUCAGGAUACUGUUGGCGAAUCAACCUUUGAAUCUCAAUUUCCUGACAUUGCUAGUCCCUCUACCGGCACUGCUGGUCCACAUGGAAAUACCUCCGUCACCGGACCAUCCAUUAGUUAUAAUUCAGGUUACCAGACUCAAGUAGGUGAUGAGGAGGAGCCGGAGGUCAUCAAGCAGUGGAGAGAGCAGCGCGACGCACAAAUUGCCAAACGUGCUGAACAGUUUGCUGCCCAGCGGGAGGAGACUAUCAAAGAGGCGCAGCAGAACAUCGAUGAUUUCUACGAGAACUACAACAGCAGGAAAGAAAAGGGAAUCGCACAGACUAGGAAAGAUGCCGAGCAAUUUCUCGCUAACCGCGAAGAUGCAGUCUCAGGCGGCACAAGUUGGGAUCGCAUUGCAAAGCUUGUGGAUGUAAGCGGUAAGAGCGCCAAAGGCGGGGCGACGGGGUCUGGCAAGGAGCGCUUCCGCGAAUUGUUGACGAGCCUACGUAAGGAUGAGAAGGCCCCAGCCGCUACAAGAUACUGA